UAAUCAAAUCAAAAAAAAUUAGAGGAAUCAUAUUCUGCCAAAUGCAAGAGGCUUACGAAACACUAGGGAAAUAUUUUGCUAUAUAUAUUACUACAUCUUAAACCCUCAAUCUCCUGCAACACUUAAACAAGAAUGGCUAUCACAAUCACAAUCUCAAUCUCCACAUUUGUAGUUUGUAUGAUGUUAUUGAUCUCAAGCAAGUUUGUGGCCUCAGUGUCUAGUCCACUUUGCCAAUCAGGAUAUCCAAACAACGCAGUCCCAGUGCACAAUGAAGACAUAGACUUGAUGCAAUUUGCUGGGAAUGUGGAGUUCCUGGAAGCAGAGUUCUUCUGCUGGGGUUCUUAUGGCUACGGCCUCGACGUUCUUGAGCCGGGGCUAGUCGAUGGGGGCCCUCCUCCCAAGGGCGUAACCAAAGCCAAUCUCGAUUUCCUCACACGUAACAUCUUCAAGGAGUUUUGCAACCAAGAAAUUGGUCAUCUAAGGGCUAUAAGGUCAAGGGUUGGAUUGUUUGAGAGGCCUUUGUUGGACCUUAGUACAAAAAAUUUCGCCCAACUAUUUGAUGAAGCAUUUGGUUGUAAACUUGAGCCACCAUUCGACCCAUACAGGGACAGCCUAAGCUACAUGUUGGCUUCUUAUGCAAUUCCAUAUGUUGGAUUGGUAGCCUAUGUGGGUACAAACCCUAACAUCAACGGCUAUAUAACAAAGAGGCUACUAGCAGGUUUACUAGGAGUUGAAGCGGGGCAAGAUGCAGUUAUCAGAGAGUACCUCUACGAGCGCGCUUCGCACGUUGUGUUCCCAUAUCGCCACACUGUAGCAGAUUUCACCAUCCGCAUUUCAGUGCUAAGGAACCGGUUGGCAUUGUGCGGAAUCAAGGAUGAAGGAUUGCUCGUUCCACCAUUCCUUGGGGCUGAAAAUCGCACCACCAGUAACGUUUUGUCUGCCGACAAUGAAUCACUCUCUUACAAGAGAACUCCGGCAGAAAUACUCAGGAUUUUAUACACCACCAGCGAUGAGCACAUUCCUGGUGGCUUCCUUCCCCUGGGAGGUAAUGGUAGAAUUGCAAGGGAUUUUCUUAUAGAGUGACACUAUGGUUAUGACAAUGACAAAUAGUAUUUCUUUAUGGUAUUGUUUGCUAUAAAAUUUUAAAAAUAAAAAA